AUGGCAGCUGCAUUAAACAUAGAAAAACCUGAACAACCUCAAUUAGCAAAACAUGAUUCGAGUAUCCUUGAUUUGGUUUUUGUCAUGGAUUGUACUGGUUCAAUGGGAAAUUAUAUUGCAAGUGCAACACAAAAUAUUCGUUCAAUUGUUGAACAAAUUGUAACAAGUGAAAAAAGUGAUAUUCAUUUAGCAUUAGUUGAAUAUCGUGAUCAUCCUCCUCAAGACACUACAUUUAUUACUCGUGUGCAUGAUUUUACAAGUAAAGUUAAAGAAAUGAGAGGUUGGCUUGAACAAUGUAAUGCAGAAGGCGGUGGUGAUGUACCUGAAGCUGUAGCUGAUGCAUUACAUGAUGUUCUUAAGUUAUCAUGGCGUCCUGAAGCAACAAAAAUUUGUAUUCUUAUCUCGGAUGCACCACCACAUGGACUUGAUCCAAGUAAUGGUGAUGCUUUUCCUAACGGAGAUCCUACUGGUGUUGAUCCUAUUAAAAUUGCGCGAGAAAUGGCUGAAAAACAAAUAACACUCUACGUUGCUGGAGUUGAACCAGCUAUUGUACCUUAUCGAGAUUUUUUUAUGUCUAUUGCUUAUAUAACUGGUGGACAAUAUGUUCCAAUGAUCAAUGCAAAACUAUUAGCACAAGUGAUAAUUGGUGGUGUUUGUGAAGAAAUCUCAUUGGAACGUUUAAUGCAAGAUGCAGAAGAAGAUAUAAAUCGUGAAAUGAAAAAAGCUGAAACUGAAGGUGCUGCUGAAAGUGAAAUCACAGAAAGAGUUAAUCGAUUAUUAGUAACAAAGAAUUUACGUGUUAAACAAAUGGAAAAUCUAGCUGGAGCAACAUCAUCGAAAGCUAAAGAAACCUAUUCAAAAUGUGCUGAUAUGAAGGAAUUACGAAGUCAAUAUGUAGUAGAACCAGCACCUACAAUCGAGCCAAUUUAUCCUACACGUCGAACUCGUGCAGAAUAUCGUCGCGCGGCUAGUCGUCCAAGUGACGCUGAAGAGGAUACCGCAGAUACUAACACAACAGCAGGAGGAUCAUUACCACGCCCACCACCACCUGAAACAGCUACGCCAAUGAAUUAUGACUUAAGAGAUGAUGCAACUGUUAGUAUGGCACAAACAGAACGUAUUGUACAACGCAUGAGAAAUAAAAGAACAACUUAA